UUUUUAUCAUAUAUUUUGUAUCAAUUGAGCAAAGACUCCUGCUUGAAGAAUAUGGUUUUGUAUUACUUCAUCAAAUAUCAUACUGAUGCUCAUCUCUAUUCAUGGUGAAAAGUUGAGCAAAAUAAUGUUGUAGAAAACAGAAGCCCAAACGGCUCUCAGUUGAGAAAUGUCACAUUGGUUUUUGGAGAAGGAAAAAAAGAUCAAUCUGAUGAAUUCCAGUAUCUAAUUGUAGGUGCUAGGUUAUAAACAAGCUACUAUUUCUUACCUAGAAACGAUCAAUUUGUGUUACUGUUGUUUCUGCUCUAAGGUAAGGUGGAAAUGAUGAAGUGUUUCCCUUCAUACUUUGUCAUGUUAAUUGUGUAUGUUUAUGAUCAUUUGUUAGAUUACUUGAUUGUUGAUGUCUCUUGGAGUGGUGGUAAUUGUUAAGAAGCAUUUUAAAUCCUCUAUACUACAGUAUCUUGAAUUCAAUCAGUAUUUUGAGAACUGCCUAGUGAGGGUGAGUCAACUAUCAUGUGAAUGGAUGUGUGAAUUCUCGCUACGCAAUAGGAAUUACUCGAAUCGUACAUGAAAAUGUCUGAUUUAUAUACUCCAUAUAGAUAGGUUGUGCAGGUUCAAUUGUGCCAAUGCUGUAAUCUUCAAAAUCAUGUUAAAUCGUUUGACCAUCUUACUCAGCAGCUGAUGUCUGUCCAUAUUCGUGAUUGGGUCGAGUUAUUUAACCAGUCACGGGUUGUGGAAGUAAAUUCUGUCUUGAAUAGUUUCUGGUUAAGACAGACGUUAUUUAGCUCUUUGGUUAACUUCUUCAUGCCAUGUCUUUUCCUGCAAGCAAUUGUAAUGAGCAAAUGGUUUUGUGCAGGAAUGUCCAAGGUAGGGCGCCCACGCAAAAAGGGGCGAAAGCGGAAAAAUGUAUCAAUACAGGAUGAAUUUAGUGGUGUUGAAGUCACUGUACCUUUGCUCCCACGCGCAAAGAGAGGACGCCCACGGAAAAAUGUAUUAAAACAGGAUGAAUCCAGUGAUGUUGAAGUCACUAUACCUUUGCUCCCACGCGCAAAGAGAGGACGCCCACGGAAAAAUGUAUUAAAACAGGAUGAAUCUAGUGAUGUUGUGGUCACCCUACCUUUGCGCCCACCUGCAAAGUUAGGGCGCCCACGGAAAAAUGUAUUGAAACAGGAUGAAUCUACUGAUGUUGAAGUCACUGUACCUUUGCGCCCACCCGCAAAGUUAGGGCGCCCAAGGAAAAAUGUAUUAAAACAGGAUGAAUCCAGUGAUGUUGAAGUCACUUUACCUUUGCUCCCACGCGCAAAGAGAGGACGCCCACGGAAAAAUGUAUUAAAACAGGAUGAAUCUAGUGAUGUUGUAGUCACUGUACCUUUGUGCCCACGGAAAAAUGUAUUAAAACAGGACGAAUCUAGUGAUGUUGUAGUAACUGUACCUUUGCGCCCACGGGAAAAUGUAUUAAAACAGGAUGAAUCUAGUGACGUUGAAGUCACUGUACCUUUGCCCCCACACGCAAAGUUAGGGCGCCCAAGGAAAAAUGUAUUUAAACAGGAUGAAUCUAGUGGCGCUGAAGUCACUGUACCUUUGCUCCCACGCGCAAAGUUAGGGCGCCCACGGAAAAAUGUAUUAAAACAGGAUGAGUCUAGUGCUGUUGAAGUCACUGUUCCUAAGAACAUUCAUCGCCGUGGUCAUGCAAGGCAAUCUAGAAGCAGCAAUUGCACAAUCACCACUGAAAGAGGAAAGUUGGACUCAGGCAGAUUCCUUUGCUACCUCAUGCACAUAUGGGAUGGAUUACCGGAAGAGAAAGUGGAAUCAGCUACAUAUUUCGACCCUUUGUGGUUCGAAAUGUAUGCCAAUCGGGAUAAAAGAGCCAAUGUAUUGAGCUGGAUCAAGGAGAAGGACAUUUUAUCAAAGAAAUGUGUUUUCGUCCCUAUAGUUAAGUGGUCUCACUGGAGUCUCUUAAUCAUGUAUAACUUGGGCCAAAGUCUUGAUUCAGAAACUAAUGCUCCUUGCCUGCUGCUGCUGGAUUCAUUGCAAAGCAUGGAUCCUAAACGGCUCGAACCAUCAAUAAGAAGACUUCUCAUUGACAUCUAUGAAUCGGAGGGGAGGACAGAGAGCAAGAAGGAGCUCCAGAAGAUUCCUCUCUGGAUUCCGGAGGUCCCGCAGCAGAAAGAGGGCAACGAAUGUGGAUUUUACGUUCUAUACUACAUACGCCACUUCAUAGAUAGCCCCCUUCAAAGUUUCAAUGUAUCUAAGGGUAAUCCGAACAUGAUGGGAAAGGAUUGGUUCACCGAUGACCAAGUGGAGUACUUCUGCAAAGAGCUAGAGGCUCUUCCUAGUGUAACUGACCCUGAUCCUGCUUCCUAUGAUUCUAGUGAUUCUAUCGAAGUAGUUACUGCUGCGUCCUCUGUUCAUACUUUUCUAAGAAAAUGAGAGGCUAAGUACUACCAAUAGAGAUUCUGCCAAAUAUGCAACUUUAUCUUUUGCACGCCGUGAAUACGAGUGAUAGCGAACGUAUAGGAAUAUAUGCAUAUGUAUGUAUGUGUGUCGUGUAGCCUAGCCUAACUUUGUUCAUGAGCUUGUCUCUGAAUCAUCGGAACGAGUUGCUGUUGCUGUUCCUUGCUGCUGUAAGAAUUGCAGAUGAUGGAAGUUGAAUAUGAUGUGCACUGGCUUUGAUGUUUUGUUUCAA